AUGCUGAGCGCGAAAGCUCUCUUAGUGCUCAGCGCUUUCAGGCACAUUGGCGCGCAUGCGGCUCGUCCAGGUGUCAGUGUCGCUCUUCUGGCUUCUUUCAAUCCAGCGCCAUACCUAGUAGAGUUAUUAGAAACCGCUGCAGAAGAGAAUGCGACGGCAUACUACCCCAUCCUCGACCGCGUAUCCGAGGGCUACUUCGACGAGAAGACGACAGAGCAGGCGCUGUAUACAGCCUUUGUGCACCUCCUGAAAAGCGACGGACACAUCACCCAGCCUGAAGCCCUCGCUUCCUUCGAUCUCGCUCUUUCAAUCCGGUCAGCUGCGCCGCGGAUAGAAGCACAUUACCAAUUCUACAACACAUCGGUAGAGCCUUCACUGAAGGCGGAGCAGAACGAGAAAUGCGAGAUUUGGGCAUCGUUUCAUGGGAAGCAAUACUGCUCCGUACACCUAGACGAGCCGUUCGGAGACAUUGAGAGCGAGCGGACAUACCAAUUACCCUUCGACCGUAUGCUUGGCAACAGCUCGGCUCUACCUGCGAUUCUGUACGCCGAUAUCACCGCUCCUCGAUUCAAGAAAUGGCACAAGACACUUAGCGAUACGGCCAAGCAAGGAAAGACUUCGUACCGUGUCCGGCACAAGCCUUCUUUGAAGGCCCCAACAACGCCGCUGGUAGUGAACGGAUACGGUGUCGAGCUACAACUGAAGCGGACCGACUACAUUGUCAUAGACGACAGGCAGGCUGAACAGGGAGACAAGAGUGCUUCUCAAAAGCCAAUGGGCACCGGCCUAGACGACGAUGAAGAUGUCGCAGACCUCAAGCCCUUGUCCAAGGACGAGGUAUCUGACCUUGGACUGAAGGCUGCCAGCUUUGUCACCCAAAGCGAACAACCCAUGGAUACCCUCAUGAAGCUCGUGCAAGACUUUCCGAAGUACUCGUCCAUCAUCGCAGCCCACAACGCGUCGGAAGACUUCCUGGAAGAACAUCUGAAGAACCGCGAGCAACUCCUCCCUACCGGGUACAAUGUCAUCUGGAUCAACGGUGUACAGAUCCCAGCCCGCGAUGUGAACCCGUUCUCGCUGUUGGCUCACUUGCGACGUGAACGUAAGCUGAUCAACGGGAUACGCAGUCAGGGUCUAAGCGGUUCUGAAGUCAUCUCACUAUUGUCGCAUGACUCUAUCGCCCAGACCCAGGCGGAUGCUGAACCUCAACGUUACGACUUCAGAGAUGCUACUGAGGGAGGCAACGUCAUCCUGUGGCUGAACGACAUCGAAAACGAUCCGAUGUAUGAAGGGUGGCCGAGUGAACUUAGGGCUUUGCUGCAAAGAACAUACCCUGGCCAACUUCCAUCUUGCCGCAGAGACAUUCACAACGCCAUCGUCGCUGUCGACUUGACUUCGUCCGAGGAUGUCACGACCAUGCUUGAGACUAUCCUCAGUCUCAUCAGGCGUGGUAUCCCGCUGCGCUGGGGUAUUGUUCCUCAGACCGCUACAUCUGGUGCUCUUGAGCAGGCCAAGGUAGUUUACUAUCUGCAUGACGCGUAUGGACUGCCUGCUGUGAUCGAAUACCUCCAAGUAUUGGCGGAUGGCAAGAAGUUGGCGCACGCAGAUCAAGCCACUUUCGAUGCGACAGUCAAGAAAACAGCGCUCCUCGAAGGAAAGGAGGCUCUGGUGUUUGAUGAUGUACUGAAGUCAGAGACGUUAGAUCAGCGCAUCACAGGCGCCAAACAGUACCUGAAGCGACUAGCAGCAGAAGGCCCCAAAGCCCCCGUCUUCGUUAACGGUGUUCCUAUUCCAGCUACUGAAGAGUGGCUCGGAACACUCAGCCAAAGAGUCGGCAUGGAUCUUCGUCAGAUCCAACAAGCAGUCUUCAACGGUAACUUCAACAGCGAUAGCUGGGUUCCGCAACAUUUCUUGGCCUCAGCUGCUGCUAAGCGCAAUCCUCUCAUCAUCCCGGAGAACGAGAAGAACAUCACGCUCAUCAACAUGGCUGAGUUUGAGGAGACGCACGGUGAGGCUUACAACAAGAUGCCGCGGAUCCAGACAUCUGAGUCUGCUAGCAAGGGUGACUGGAUUCACGUCACGCUCGUGGCAGACUUCGAUUCGGAGGCUGGUUUCGCUCUUCUGAAAGCACUAGCAGAUUUCCGUGAGGCAAACCCCAACGUAGAGGCUGUCCUCAUUCACAACCCGAAAGCCGGUGCGGAGCAGUCGAACGCCUCGGAAGAUCUUCUAGAAACUUACAUCAAGUCUGACCGUAGGCUUACAACCGAAGCCCUCUCCGAGAUCAUGAACCGGGAUGCCAACUACGGACCAACUCCCGCCAACUCCACUUCAUUCUGGAAGGUCGCUGAGCCAAUCUACGACGCGUUCGGUCUGAAGCCGGGACAGAACGGCAUGCUCGUCAAUGGACGCUUCGUGGGACCCAUCCCAGAAGAUUACGGAUUCUCAUACGAUGACGUGGAAACUUUUGUCACUUAUGAGCAGGUCAAACGCGUUGAGCCGUUGAACAAAGCGCUUGCCGAUCUUGAUCUCAUGGAAAAGAUCGCAUCUCCUAUAGAUGUUGCGAAAAUCCAGUCGCUGGUCGCACUUUCCACCGUGUCGGACGUCCCAGAAGGCAUUUUCGAGACUGCAUCAACCCUGAGGAUGAGCACAUACAACAACUGGACUGCCAAGCACACCGCUAUCAUCCGGGGUGACGAAGACAAGGCUGUCUUUCAGAUUGUGGCUUCGAUUGACCCAGCUACAGAGCUGGCACAGAAAUGGGUACCAAUCCUCAAAGUACUCAGCGACAUGGAGGGCACACACCUCAAGCUUUUUCUCAACCCCAAGCAGAUGCUUCAAGAGCUUCCUGUUAAACGUUUCUACAGAUACGUCCUCGAAGCCCGACCGUCCUUCGUCGCCGAUGGAUCCAUCGGAAGCCUUGGAACCCACUUUUAUGGCAUUCCCAAGGAGGCUUUGCUGAACCUUGGCAUGGAUGUGCCACCCUCUUGGCUGGUUGCCCCGAAAGAGUCUGUAUAUGAUCUCGACAACAUCAAGCUUAGUACCAUUCCUGCUGGUGCCGAUGUCACCGCUGUCUAUGAAUUGGAAAACAUCCUUAUCGAGGGCCACUCUCGUGACACUACGAAUGGUGGUCAGCCACCGCGUGGUGCUGAAGUUGUCCUUGCCACCGAGCGGGAUCCUCAUUUCGCGGAUACGAUCAUCAUGGCUAAUCUCGGCUACUUCCAGUUCAAGGCCACUCCUGGCUUUUACAACAUCCAGCUGAAGAGCGGCCGCUCUCAGGAAGUUUUCAGCCUUGAUAGUGCGGGUCCUAUCAGUUGGGCACCUGUGCCUGGUGAUGAGACUACCGAGAUUGCUCUCAUGAGCUUCCAAGGAGCAACGAUAUUCCCUCGACUAUCGCGAAAGCCAGGUCAAGAAGAGACCGAUGUGCUUGCUCCUGAAGAGUCGCUCGCCUCUGAGCUGGUUGGAAAGAGCGCGCAGAAGGUCAAUAAGUUCCUCGGCAAGAUUGGUCUCAACUUUGACUCUGAGAAGGUCCUGCAGAAGGGCGCUGACUUGUUCUCCGGAGGCAAAGCGGCGAAGAAGGGCACACAAGCAGACAUCAACAUUUUCUCAGUCGCUUCAGGCCACUUGUACGAGCGUAUGCUGAACAUCAUGAUGGUAUCUGUCAUGAAGCACACCAAACACACCGUCAAAUUCUGGUUCAUCGAGCAAUUCCUAUCUCCCAGCUUCAAAUCCUUCCUCCCGCACAUCGCCGCCGAGUACGGCUUCGAAUACGAAAUGGUCACCUACAAAUGGCCGCACUGGCUGCGCGGCCAAACCGAAAAGCAGCGCGAGAUCUGGGGCUACAAAAUCCUCUUCCUCGACGUCCUCUUCCCGCUCGACCUCGAAAAAGUCAUCUUCGUCGACGCCGACCAAAUCGUGCGAACAGACAUGUACGAACUCGUGCAACACGACCUCGAAGGCGCACCCUACGGCUUCACCCCCAUGGGCGACUCGCGCACCGAAAUGGAAGGAUUCCGUUUCUGGAAAACAGGCUACUGGGCUAACUUCCUGCGCGGUCGCCCCUACCACAUCUCCGCGCUGUACGUCGUAGACCUAACCCGCUUCCGCCAACUCGCCGCCGGCGACCGCCUCCGCCAGCAAUACCACGCCCUCUCCGCCGACCCAAACUCCCUCUCCAACCUCGACCAAGACCUACCCAAUAACAUGCAGUUCAACCUCCCCAUCCACAGUUUACCCCAGGAGUGGCUGUGGUGCGAGACUUGGUGUAGUGAUGAGGAUUUGCACAAGGCGAAGACGAUUGAUCUUUGUAAUAAUCCGCAGACUAAGGAGCCGAAGUUGGAUCGGGCACGCAGGCAGGUUCCUGAGUGGAAUAUUUACGAUGAGGAGAUUGCGGGGUUGGCGAGGAGGGUUAAGGGGGAGGAGAGGGAUGAAAAUGCGAAGGGGGAGGGGGUGGUGGAUGUGCAGGAGGAGGAGCAGAGGAGGGAGAAGGAGGAGAAGGAUGCUGAGAGGGAGGGGCACAGUGAGUUGUAA